AUGCGGGAAGUUCCAGAGAAAGCAAUUGAUGAAAGGGUUGCAGACGAAGAAGUUCCAAAGCAAGAAAUGGAAGAAAAGAUCACAAAGGAUGCAGUUCCUAAGAAAGAAGUUGAAGAACAGAUCACAAAGGAAAAAACUGAAGAACAGUUUACAAAGGAAGUUUCAAAGAUUGAACAAGUUAUCAUGAAAGAAGUUGAAGAAAAGAUCACAACGGAAGAACUUCCAAAGAAGGAAGUUGAAGAAAUGAUUACAGAAAUCCCAAAGAUUGAAGAGGUUAUCAAAAAAGAAGAAGUUCCUAAGAAAGACGUGGAAAAGGUCACAAAGGAAGAAGUUGAAGAAAAGAUCACAAAGGAAGAAAUUAAAGAAGAAACUGUCACGAAAGAAGAAAUUCUGAUGAAAGAAGUGGAAGAAGAAAAAAUCACUAAGGAAGUUGUGCAGAAAGCCGCUGCAGGGGAAAUCAUUUCUGAAGAAGUCUUUAAAGAAAUUUUGAAGAAGGAAGAGAAGGUAGUUACAGAAACCGUAGAAGAAGAAAUUACCAAGGAGGAAAUUUCUGUGAAAGAAACCGUCUCAAAAACUGUGGAAGAGGAGACGAAGCUCUCGGAGAAGGAAGUCGUCGAGGAAGAAAAGAUUUCAAAGGAAGAAAUAUCCAUAAAGGAAAUUGUUGAAAAGGAGAGUAUUUCUAAGGAGGUUACUGAGGAGGAAAAAAUCUCAAGAUCGAAAUACGCGAUUACAAAACCGUAG